UCUCUCAUUAACUCAAUCUUUAAUUCUUCUUUUCCCGGAAUCUUCUCUUUCUAACUCAAACUUAUCUGCAAAAAUCAAUAACACGAAACUGAUAAAUUAACGCUAUAUCACUCUACGAAUUCCAAAUACUCGGACCUUGUCAGCUUCGUGAUUUACGUUAUACUUUUCCAUGAUUUGCUUUUACUUUCUCUUUUCAAUUUCGUAAACUGGGUUCUGCUUUUCCCCUCAAAAGUUUCAUUCUUUUGUUUGUUUGUUUAGUUUCGAGAUUUGAUUGUAUUAUUGAAUUUCCCCUUCAGUGUUCUUCACUGAUUAUGAAUACUCUGGUCCAAAUCUUUCAGAACCGUUUCAGAGUGUUUUUUUUUCCUCGUCAGGAGCAAGGAGUAAAUGGAGCUUGACAGGUUAAAUUCUCCAAGCACUUGUGCAAUUAACCUUGAAGUUUUGGGCUAUCAACUACAGUUUGCUCAGGAUCCCAAUUCUAAGCAUUUAGGAACUACAGUUUGGGAUGCAUCACUAGUGCUCGCCAAAUUUCUGGAAAAGAAUUGCAGAAAGGGAAGAUUUAGCCCGUCUAAACUUAAGGGAAAACGUGUUAUUGAACUUGGAGCAGGCUGUGGAGUAGCUGGAUUUGGCAUGGCAUUGUUGGGAUGUGACGUUAUAACAACAGACCAAGUUGAAGUUUUGCCAUUGCUAAUGAGAAAUGUUGAGCGUAAUACUUCAAGAAUCAUGCAGAUGAGUUCUGAUUCAGAGUCAUUUGGAUCAAUCCAUGUUGCCGAGUUAAGCUGGGGAAAUGAGGAUCAUAUAAAAACAGUUGGUCCACCAUUUGACUACAUUAUUGGUACUGAUGUUGUUUAUGCAGAGCAUCUCUUGGAACCACUUCUGCUGACAAUACUGGCAUUAUCAGGCCCGAAAACCCAAAUCAUGUUGGGGUAUGAGAUCCGUUCCACUAGCGUCCAUGAGAAAAUGCUUGAUAUGUGGAAACGACACUUCGAGGUGAAAAUUAUCCCCAAAUCCAAGAUGGAUGCUACAUACCAGCAUCCAAGUAUUCAACUUUUCAACAUGGUAUUAAAAUCUACAGCAAGGAGCUUAGAAACUAUGACUUUAGGGCUUGAUCAUCAAAUUGAUCAAUGUGAAGCAAAAGAAAAAAUGCCAGCUACGGGUGAAAAUAGUGGAAGUAGUAAUCUGGUGACUAAAGAGGAUGAUGUUGGUAGUCGUUUGAGUGAAGAUAGUAUUUUAAGAAAACUAAGAGAUGGAAAGCUUGGUGAUUGGGAAGCAAGAAGAUAUGGCUCGAUAGCUGCUCGGCUUCUCAGAGAUAUUAAGAUAACUUAAUUAUUCAGCUCCAGAAAUGCAGAAAUGCCCUUGUUAUGCCGGUUUUGUUGAAUUGGAUGCUCUUAUGCAUCAUUUUUGGAAAUGUUCAGCUCAAAGGAGCAUAUUGCAUAUUAUGAUUCAGCCUUCACUGCCAGGUCGACAUGCCAUUAACAAUGACAGUCCCCAUGAGCACUCUCCAUGAUCAAGAGAUAAGGGAUCAGGGGAACAAACCCAUGUUUGGAGAACUAUAAUUUGCGUACAUUCUUCUUCUAAUCAUUUAUAGUGCGUAAGCAAAAGUUUUCUUCUUUAUAUGUUGACCUUGAUUGUUUAACAAGUCCAUUUAGGUUUAGAUUUCAUGCAUGAUCCAGUCUAUCAAUGUAUAUCAGGCCUGGUUUUCUUGA